UAAUAGACUUUUAGCAACUGAUAUUGUCAUAUCCCUUAAAAUGAACAAAAUUAGUUGUAAUGACUUUGAGGUUAAGGUUCCAUCUUCAUUACUGGCCAAUUUUAACAGCAGUUUGGAUUUCACUUGCAUUUAUUAUAUGUUAUUUAGUGGCCAUCUUCGACCAACAUGUACAUCCACUGUUUCCUUACAUCAGUGACACUGGUGCCUUACCUCCCGAGAGCUGUAUUUUCGGACAAAUGCUAAACAUAGCUGCUUGUUUAAUGUUUAUUACAAUGUACAUUCGAUUUCGAACAGUUCAACUCCUCGAACAUGUAGGAUUUUCGAAGAAUUACAAAUUCUGGAAUAAAUUCUCCAACAUAUUUGGCUUUUUUUCUUGUCUAGGGAUAAGCUUAGUCGCAAACUUUCAAGAGACAUCCGAGAUAACUGUUCAUUUUAUUGGUGCAUUUCUCGCGUUUGCGGUCGGAGCAGUAUAUUGUAUUAUUCAGGCAUAUUUAACAUGGUUAUCGUUCUCAAGCAAACGUCUGAAGCUCAUUCGAAUACUUUUAAGCCUGCUGUUAAUUCCCUUGUAUAUCACCACCACAGUUUGCAGCGCGUUAUCAUUCAAAGAAUUCAAUGAGAACGCGUUUAAAUGGAAGCACACCGAUAAAGGAUAUACGCUACACUUAUUCGCAACAUUUACUGAAUGGAUUAUGGCAGUAUUAAUGAUCCUCUAUAUGGCAACAUUCUACGUCGAAUUUAGAUUAGUCAAGUUUGGAGGACUCACUUUCGUGUUGGAAGAUGAUAAAUGAUCUGUAGAUAUCUGACAGUAUCUUUCAAUGUAUUUAUUUCCACAUUUAAAAAAAUUAUGUGCUCUAAUAAAAUACGUGUAAUAAGUAAAUAUCACUAAAAAAUCAGUUAAGUGAAUGGGUUACCUGUGAUCAUUUUUAUAAUUAUACAUUUGAUACUUCCCGUGUAAGUAAUUAAAAAAAUUGAAUAAAAGAAUGAUACUGAAUUAAAAUUACUACAAAUUA